AUGGCUGUGACAGAAUAUGGCCAACGGCCGGCGUCCUACGCUCCUUCAGCAUUGGAGGAUCGUUUCGAAGUAAUCAAGGACAUUGGUGAUGGAAGUUUCGGGAGCGUGGCUCUCGCAAGAGUCAGAGCCAAUGGCUCCAGCGUUGCCAGGCGCAAUACUAUGGUGGCUAUCAAAACGAUGAAGAAGUCCUUCGAAUCAUUUGCCCCCUGUCUGGAACUUCGUGAGGUUAUCUUUUUACGGACACUACCAAAUCAUGCACAUUUGGUCCCUGCUCUGGACAUAUUCCUCGACCCCUACAGCAAGAAGCUCCAUAUCUGUAUGGAGUACAUGGACGGCAAUCUUUACCAGCUGAUGAAGGCUCGAGAACACAAGUGUCUGGAUGCCAAAAGUGUCAAGAGUAUUCUCUACCAAAUCCUGUCCGGUCUGGACCAUAUCCAUGCGCACCACUUCUUUCACCGCGACAUCAAACCAGAAAACAUCCUCGUCUCCACAUCUGCACCACAGGAUUCGCAAUCAGCUUUCAGCAGAUACUCUGCCCUGGUCACUCCACCAGCUACACCGCCAACCUACUCUAUCAAAAUCGCCGACUUUGGCUUGGCGAGGGAGACCCACAGCAAACUCCCAUAUACCACUUAUGUAUCGACGCGCUGGUACAGAGCUCCGGAGGUACUGUUACGAGCUGGAGAAUACUCCGCACCCGUCGAUAUCUGGGCUAUUGGUGCCAUGGCGGUCGAGAUCGCUACCCUAAAACCCUUGUUUCCCGGAGGCAACGAAGUGGACCAAGUUUGGCGAGUUUGUGAGAUAAUGGGAAGUCCAGGAAACUGGUACACCAAAUCCGGAUCUCGAGUCGGCGGCGGUGAAUGGAGGGAUGGGACGAAACUUGCCCAAAAACUCGGGUUUUCGUUCCCAAAGAUGGCACCCCAUGCGAUGGAAACCAUCUUACCGCCCCCCCAGUGGCCGACUAGCUUCAGUAACUUUGUAACCUGGUGUUUGAUGUGGGACCCUAAACAUCGUCCCACUUCUAAGCAGGCCAUGGACCAUGAGUUCUUUUCCGAUGCCGUUGACCCUCUACGACCUAAAUCUUCAUCUCGACUUCUUGGUCGGAAGCAUUCUGAUCUUAGCUUCCGCUCUAAAGACACUACAGAAACACCGACAAUUACAUCCAAACCUUCAUGGUUCCGGAGGUCACUCAUCGCUCGAGAGAGUGCUCCUGCUGUCCCACAACAUAGUGUCGAGCCAAAACCCGCGCAACCAGAACCUGAACCAGUGACAGGCAAACUUCGGCCCCAAGCAAGCAAACGUGCAACAUGGACAAAUGGUACAAAUUCUACAGGAGCAGCUCCUAUGCCAAUCCUGCCAUCAAUACGGCCUAUUUCCCCUCUCCCCAAUGCCGUCACUGCACAAGCGAGCUCAACUUUCACAACCCAGGCGGAGCCCAAGCUCAGCAUGUCUAAGAAUGAGGAAAAGAGCAAGAAGAUUGGACGACAAUUAUCUGUUAACUCUCAUGGCAAUCACUACGCCGAUGCUCAUCGUCUGGAGGCAGAGCGUGCCUUGAAUGCCAACAGCGGUCUGGUCUCCCCACCUAGUGGUCAAAAGGAAAGUUUCUUCUCGCAUCUACGGAAACGGGCAAGACGAUUCUCAGGUCGGCAUGGAUUGGCCUCACCCAACACGGAUGACGUAGAGGCUAAUGCUGCAACUGUCCCUUGGUCGAAUCGAUCUUCAAUCAUGGUUGACAACGUUAUCCCUGAAACCAACAACGAUUUCUCUGAUUUGGAUCAAAUUUUGCAGAAUGUCAGGUAUAGCCUGGAUCGACCAGAAGGACAACCUGCCAAUGGAAAAUCGUCUGGCAAUGUCUCAAAUACCGGGUCCUUGAAGAGAACCCAUUCCGUUCCGAGGUCUCAGGGGAGCCGAUCAGGUGAAACCCCUACCUCGGCACCAGCUCCUUCCAACCCUCGGUCAAGACGUCCUCUGCAAAUCAACCAAUACGAAACUCCGGAGGAAGCAGACGAACUUUUGGAUGAAGCACUCCGAUCUGCCACUAGGGCAGUAAAGCGACUUGACCAUAGUACGCGUUCCAAUCAACAACUUAAUCGAACAGCACUUGCACAGAAAGAUUAUAACCGACAGUCGUUACCGCAGAUACCAGGUGGUUCUGCCUUACAGGGGCAGGCUGCGUACCUUACUCCUUCGCCGUCUGCAAAGAAGAAUGGUGUUCAAUUCGAUCCGAGUAGUUUACACGGCACACAGCCGUUAAAUAUUACCAAAAAACGAGCAGAGCAGGAACAUGCUCCAUCGCAUUGGCCAACACCGCCAUAUGAAGAAAAUGAUUGGGCUGCAAGCGCAGCUAACAGUAUUUUUACAGUUGGAUCAGUCUAUCGAUAG